GUAUGAUGAACAUGUCAUUGUAACUGUCUCUUCAGUCUCUACAGUAAGAGUCUGGGAUGUGAACACAGCUUGGAUGCUUAGUGCUUGGACUGUCUGAGAGUGAAAACCCAGAGGAAGAUAGUUGGUGGCAGAACUACUGACAAUGAAACCAUUGGAAUCAGUGACCUUCAAUAAUGUAGCUAUCAACUUUACCAAGGAAGAGUGGGCCAUGCUGGACAAAAACCAGAGAAAGAUGUUCAGAGAUGUUAUGCUGGAGAAUAUCAAUCAUCUGGUGUUCAUGGGGUAUCAGUUCUGCAUAUCAGAAGUGUUUUCACAGUCAGAACAAGGUGAACUGUGGAGAGAAGUAUUAAGGUUUCUCCAUGUACAGAGUCCAGGCAGGGAAAAUGACCAUAAAAAAGAAGAAAUGAUAACCAUGCAACAUAUCUCUAAGAAGGACAUAUCUACCAACCAGACAAAGAUUUCUCACACUGAAGAGAAUCCCCUUGAGAGUAAUGAUUUGGGAGAAUAUUUCACUCACUCCACAAUGACUGACAUGGGAAAGAAACCCAAUGUAAACAAACAAUUUCAAAGAGUUCUCAAUUAUCAUUCAUUCAUUGGUCAAAAUAAGAAAAUUCAAACUGGAUGUAAGUCAUGUAAUUGUCAUCUAUGUGGAAAAGUCUUCAGAAGUAGUACUAGCCUUAGACAACUUGAGAAAAUACACACUGGAGAAAAAUCAUAUGGCUACCAUCUGUGUGGGAAAGACUUCACUGGUAGUUCUACCCUCAGACAACAUGAAAGAAUUCACACUGUGGAGGAUCCAUAUGUCUGCCAUCUAUGUGGGAAUUCCUUCAGUCAAAGUUCUAACCUUAGGCAACAUGAAAGAAUUCACAACAUGGAGAAACUAUAUGCCUGCCGUGGAUGUGGGAAAGAUUUCACAGAUAGUACCACCCUCAGACAAUGUGAGAGAACUCAUACUGAAGUAAAAGCGUAUGUCUGCCAUGUAUGUGGGAAAGACUUCACUGAUAGUUCUACACACAGAGAGCAUAAGAGAACUCACACUGGGAAGAAACUAUAUGUCUGCAAUAUGUGUGAGAAAUCCUUCAUUCAGUGUGGUAUCCUUAGGCAACAUGAAAGAAUUCACACUGGGGAGAAACCCAAUAUCUGCAAUAUAUGUGGGAAAUCCUUCAGUCAUUGUGGUAACCUUAGGCAACAUGAAAGAAUUCACACUGGGGAUAAGCCAUAUAGAUACACAGGGCUGCACCAGACACCAAAAGCUGCACCCAUGAUGGUGGCCAACUGGGGUUUGAGGAACACCAGCCUGAGCAUGUUGCACAUAUGCAGUGGCUGUUGUGGCUGCCACCUGGCAGUCCCUGCAAUCCCCUCAACUGCCUGCAAUGCUCCUGCGGGGAGUGAUUCUCUCCCUGUGCCUGGAAAACAGCAGGAGAUUGUGCACAUCAGCCACCCAGAGUGA